AUGCCCAUGAACAACGAAUGGAAAAAGGAAAUUGAGAAAAUGAUGUCAAAAGAACCUGUGACUCCAUCAGUAUUGGAGGAGGCUGAUUCACUUACUACUGGUUUACUACAUGUGAAGAAUGACAGCAGCUUAAGUGAAAGAGAUCAGGAUGAUGGCAGCAGCAGUUCUGGCAUGCAUAUGAAAGAAGUAUGGAAAAAUGAAAGAGAAAAAUGGUCAUCAAAAGGACCUGUGAUUCCACCAAUAUUUGAGAAGGCUGAUUCACUGCCUAUUGAUUUACUACACGUGAAUGAUGACAGAAGCUUAAGUGAAAGAGAUCAGGAUGAUGGCAGGCCUAUAAAGAGAACACCUAAUGAAGAGAACAAGGUCAAAGAGCAAAUUAAUUCUGUGGAUGACUUUGAUGACUUAACUCAGUUACCUGAAACAGCUUCCAAGGAUCGUGAGUUGCUUUCCUCUAAAUCUAUGAAUGCUAUGUUGCUAAUUGAACAACUUGGCACGGAGUGUAAAGAUUCUGUUAGCGUAUUGAAAAAGCAGGAUUCAGUUCUUUCAGAUGACAGUUUACUAGAGAUUAAAAAAAGCCACUAUGAACUACUUACAGGAAAAAUUAAAAAAAUGAAAAGUAAGAUCAUUGGGUUACGAACGGAGCUAUCAGAAGCAAAAGAAGUGAAAUCACAGUUAGAACACCAAAUACUGGGGUGGCAACAAGAGUUCUACAGUUUGAGAUGCACCUUAAAACAAGAAGAGGAGAAAAGAAGAAAUGUUUAUAAGUUAUAUGAAAAAACUAGGAAGGAGUUAAGAAGAAGAAAAGAAAGAUAUGAUAAAGAAGCUGAAAUGAAACAGCAACUUGAACUGACUGUCCAAGCACUGGACAUGGAAUUGAGGGCGGUGAGAAAUAAUCUGAACCAGGGUGAUGAGAGUCACGAAAAAGCAAAAGAACUGUUGCCUAAAAACCACAUGUCACAGAAUGAAAUUGCCAUGUUAAAACACAAAAUAGAGGCAGUGGAAAAUCAUAACCAGGAAAUGGAGAAGAAAUAUUUUAUGGACAUGAAAAUUGUAAAAAAGAAGUAUGCUGAAGUUCGAAAGACAAUAAAACUUAAUGAGGAAACAUUAACAAAAAUAAUCUUGGAACGCAAUGAACUGACAGCUGAGAAUACAAUGCUGAAGUCUGAACUGGAGAAUGAAAGACAAAAUAAAGAAAGACUGGAAAGGCAAGUUGAAUCAUACCGCUCUAGAUUGGCUGCCACCCAUGAUCAAGUGCAAAGUCAGACAUCAAAAAGAGACCUGGAACUUGCCUUCCAGAGAGGAAGAGAUAAGUGCUUACCCUUACAAGAUGAAAUAAAUUUGGAUGUGUCUAACCUGAAAGAUAAUGAGGUGCAUUCCCAGCAACUGUCUAAGUCUGAAGGAAAAUCCAAUGGCCUAGAAACCGAGCUCCAUCACGGGAGAGAUGCUCUCAGAGAAAAGUCUUUGGUGUUUGAAACUGUACCUGUACAGAGAGACCUAAGCCAAGCACAGUGUCAGAAGGAAAUUGAACACAUGCCUCCAAGUGAACAAGGCAAAGUGAAGAAGUACAUGGACAAACAGGAAUCCUCGAAGGGGAGAUUAUCCCAACUAGAGAGUGAAAACCUCUUGCUGCGACAGCAGCUGGAUGACUUGCAAAACAAAAAGGAGAGCCAGCAGAAAAGGGUAAUUAACAUCCAGGACCAGUUUCAGGAUACUGUGAAGAGUCUUCAAGCCAAAAGUGAAAAGCAAUAUCUGAUGCUGGAGGAAAGAAACAAGGAGUUAACUAAGGAAUAUAGUCACCUAAAAGAGAGUAUUAAUCAGUAUGAAAAUGAGGCAAUGGAAAGAGAAGUGGUUGUGGAACAACUUCAACAAGAACUGGCUGAUUCCCUAAAAAAGCAGUCGCUGUCUGAGGCUUCAUUGGAACUCAUGUUACGUGAUUGUGCUAAAUUAGAAGAUGAGAGACAGGAUUUAAAGAAGAAAGUACAUCAAAUGACAAGUAAAUUGCAAGAAGCACAAGAACUACAUAUAGAAGCUCUGAAGUGUGCUGAGGAGACCCAGGAUCACAUGCAAAAGCUUGAAAUUCAAACUGCCAAGUUAAAAGUGAUGAACAAAAAGCAAGUUGCCAAAACUGAACAGCUUCGGAGAAACUCACUAAGUACAAGUUUGUCUGAGCAAGAAAAGGAAGAAUUACAGCAACUUAUGGAGUUAAAACAGUUUCUGGAAAGCCAGUUGGAUCGGCAAAAGAAGAAAAAUGAUGGAUUAGAAAAAGAGAUUACUGGAUUGAAGGAAUGCUUGGAAAUGGCAAGAAGGGAAGUAAAUGAAAAUGAAAAAGGAGAGCCUAGUGCCCAUGGUGUUGUAAAAAUCAAUCCAACUGAAAUGGAUAUUCAGAUAGAUACGCUAAAACAUAAGACACAAACAGCAUCUCAAGAAAACUUAGCGCAAUAUCUGGAAUCUGAACGCUCCAAAGAAAACACUUCUCAUGAAUCUUCUUGUAAAACAGAAUUGGAAAAAUAUAAGCAACUUUACCUAGAAGAAUUAAAAUUGAGAAAGUCGCUGGAAAAAAAACGAAACAAACUUCACAGGACUAAUCGGAGGCUGGCUAAAACCUGUGUGAAACGUCUGAUGGAGAAAGAGCAGAACAGGUCUUUACCCCAAACAUUUACUACAAGUCCUGUCCUGGAGCCACCUGGUGCUGAAAAUAUUCAUAAUAGCUCUGGGUUCAGAGGAAAUACUACAACAAGAGAAACCUUGUUGUUUUCUACCUCACGUUCACGGCCUUCAUUUGACAGCAUUGUGACUGCUUUGAUGAAGGUUAGUUACGUUAUCCUUUCUUGCUUACAUUUCAGAUUUCUGAUGUAAUUUGUGUUUUUAAUUCUGACUCGACUUAGGCACACUUAGUAAAGGCCAUAAAUAUUUGUGCUAAUAAAGAAAACAAAUUUUGUAAUUUUUAAGUCCCUAGAUUUCUCCUUUUAAGAGAUACCUAUCAACUUUCUUCAAUAAAUGUAACAUUGACAAAUUCAAAUUUCUUGAAAAGCUGCAUUUAAAUGCUUUUUUUUUUUUUCUUUUUAGGGCUGUAUUUGCAGCAUAUGGAAGCUUCCUUUGCCGCAGCCGCAGCAGUGCAGGAUCCAAGCUGCAUCUGUGACCUCCAUCAGAGCUCAGGCAACCCUGGAUCCUUGACCCGCUGAUGGAGGCCAUAGAUCAAAGCCCUUCCUCAUAGAUAUUAGUUGGCUUGGUCACUGCUGAGCCACAACAGGAACUCCUUAGAUGCUAUUUUAGAAAUUAAAUAUUAUUGCCUAAUAACCAAAUAUAUACUUUCAGAUGUUUGGCAUACUUUAUUACAGCUUGGCCAUAGUUGAUAGUAAGUUUCAAAUUCUGUUGCACCCUAGUUUUUCUACCCCUCAGCAUAAGUGACUGAUUGGCAUUCAAGCACUUAACCACACAUGGAUGUUUCAUGCUUAAAGGAAGCCAUGAUAAAGCCUUUGCAUGAAUCAAGUAAACUUUAACACUAAACUAACAGAUUUAGUUCCCAUCGUGGCUCAGUGGGUUAAGAACCCAGCACAGUGUCGGAGAGGAUGCAGGUUAAAUCCCUGGCC